AUGGAUGCACAGCUGCACUACUCCAGGCGACUCCUGCUACAGCUGCAGGGGCCGGCCGCGUGCCCAUCACCCGGCGCCGUUCCGGACGCUCGGCUGGUCCCGGCAGCGGCAGGCGAGCUCAACUCCGACGCGAUCCUCACCCUCGCGCUCCUCACGUGCGGCCUCGUCGCGGCGCUCACGUUCCGCGUCGUGCUCCAGUGCGCGCUCCGCGUCACGCGCGGCGCGUGCUGCGGCGGAGCCGACGACGACGACCCCGAGGAGCAGGAGCAGGCGCUGCCGUGCCUGGCGUUCUCGGCGGGGCUGGAGAUGGCCGGGUCGUCGCGGUCGGAGUGCGCCAUCUGCCUCACCAAGUUCGCCCGCGGGGAGGCGGUGCGCGUGCUGCCGCGCUGCAACCACGGCUUCCACGCGCGCUGCAUUGACCGCUGGCUCGCGGCGCGGCCGACGUGCCCUACCUCGCGCCGUUUGCCGCCCACCGCGUUUCUGUAG